UUGUUUAAUAUUAGUACUUCGCAAACUCGACAUUUGAAAAAAUGUAUUAAUAAUUAAAUGUCAAUUUUGCCAUUCAACAGAUAUUCAACAGAUGUAAUUACGUCAACGGCUUUUGGUAUCAAAUCAAACUGCAUUAAGGAACCAAAUAAUGAGUAUCGUAUCCAAGAAAAAAAUCUUAUCAAUAUAAAUUCUAUAAAGAUCGCCUUGACUAUGUUUGCGCCACAAAUCAUGGACUUCUUUUCUAUUCCCUUCUUUUCGCAAUCUGUCGCUGACUUUUAUAUAAAAAUGUUUCGAGAGACUGUGGAAUAUAGGCAAGCUAAUCAUAUCGUCAGACCAGACUUUAUGAACUUGCUCAUACAACUCAUGGAGAGAGGCUACGUUGAUCCUGAAGAUGACAAAAGUACGUCCAACGAAUCAUGUUAAUAUACACAGAUAAUGUUUAUCAUUAUAAUUAUAAUUUAUCAUGAUACACUUAGAGAAAUCGUUUGGUAAGAUCAACCAAAUUUUUUAGUUACUAAUUCCAAAAACAUUGCAUACAUUUAACAAAACUUUUUAUAAUUAGUUGUACAAAAAUAAUUUUUUGGUUGAAACAACUACA